AUGUCAUUAUUCCCUUCAAGUACAAGUCAUGUUUAUAAUGAUUAUUCAUCAUUUACAAAUGGUACAUCUUUUUCAGAUUGUUUUAAUAAUUUUAAUCAAUUAAAUAAUUUAAAUUUUAUUGAAAAAUUAUGGGGUUCUUAUUAUUAUUAUAUGAAUAAUGAUUUAUUUGCAACUGGUUUAUUAUUUUUUUUAACUCAUGAAAUAUUUUAUUUUGGUAGAUGUUUACCAUGGGCUAUAAUAGAUAGAAUUCCAUUUUUCAAUCGUUGGAAAAUUCAAGAUGAAAAAAUUCCAAGUGAUAAAGAACAAUGGGAAUGUUUAAAAUCUGUUUUAACUUCUCAUUUUUUAGUUGAAGCUUUUCCAAUUUGGUUUUUCCAUCCUUUAUGUCAAAAAAUUGGUAUUACUUAUCAAGUACCAUUUCCAAAAUUAACAACUAUGUUAUUACAAUGGUCAAUCUUUUUUAUUUUAGAAGAUACUUGGCAUUAUUGGUUUCAUAGAGGUUUACAUUAUGGUGUUUUUUAUAAAUAUAUUCAUAAACAACAUCAUAGAUAUGCUGCUCCAUUUGGUUUGGCUGCUGAAUAUGCUCAUCCUAUAGAAGUUGCAUUAUUAGGUUUAGGUACAGUUGGUAUACCAAUUUUAUGGUGUUUAUUAACUGGUGAUUUACAUUUAUUUACUGUAUCAGUAUGGAUUAUAUUAAGAUUAUUUCAAGCAGUUGAUUCUCAUUCUGGUUAUGAAUUUCCUUGGUCAUUACAUCAUUUUUUACCAUUUUGGGCUGGUGCAGAUCAUCAUGAUGAACAUCAUCAUUAUUUUGUUGGUGGUUAUUCUUCUUCAUUUAGAUGGUGGGAUUAUUUAUUAGGAACAGAAGCAGGACCAAAAGCAAAAGCUAAAAGAGAAGGAAAAUUACAAUCAAAAAAGAACAUUUAA